AUGGCCUCGCCAUCCCCUGGAGUGUCGAACCUUACUGCACUUCUUCAGAGCGCCUCCACUGCGGGCGGCGCGACUUUCGUGAGAUGUCCUGCGGAGAGCCUCAGCCGGCUUCGAUCCCUCAACGAAGCCGAAAUUAUCACUCUUUUCACCCCUUUCGUUCCUCACCCGCCGUCCACGGACCUGGCAAAGAACAUGGAUCCUUUCGAGCCUCUGGGGAGAUCCCUCCCCAGACAAGUGCGCCACGUCCCAUACCGUCUAGACCACGGGAUGACACAAACUCACACCGACUUCCUCCCCGCGAGCGGGGCCAUCAUAAUCGUAAUAUGUUCGACCGAGAACGUCACCAUGCACAACCCACAAGCCUUCGAGCAGCAAGUCAGAUUCGCACGAGACGUUGUGAAGAAGGCGGAGGAAAACAAGGCGCUUCCCAGCGUACCCGUGGUCUUGCUCCUCGUUAGCAACGGCCCCUCGAAGUCGAGUCACGAAGCUGCCGUCAGAGACUUCCCGGCAUUGGUUACCGCGAACGACUACACUCCAGCUGCCCUUGCGAAUGCAGUCCGCGUCAUGUUUGGAAAAUAA